GCUCCUUGUCUCGAGCUCCAACUCCACAUUCACGUUCUGCAGAUGAGGAGGCAUUCUUGGAAUGCAGCGAAGCUAUCAAAGCCAAUCUAGGAGACGUCAACAUUAUCAAAAAAGUUAGCGAUAAAGAAAAAAAAUGGUGGGUUGAUGGAAAUUAUAAUGGUAUCGAUGAGGAAAGACUGCCUUUGCGUCUCAUGGAAAAUGUAACGUACCGUGAAUAUGAAAAGAAAAGUGAAAUCUCAAACGCGGGCAGAUUUUGGGAGUUUGAUGAUGGCGCUGUGAUCAUAUAUGAGUUGCCAAACCGUGAUCAUGAAGUCGCACACGGAGAAUUCGCUUUUCAAUUUAUGUCUACUUUUUCCAAUCUAUCAUUUCAAGACCGCGUUUCUAGUAUUGGAGCGACAAGGCGAAGAUCUGCUAGACAACCGGAUGCUUCAUUUGUGCCAAAUCGCUUACCCAUACCAUCUCCUCAUCCAAGUGAUGCUCCG